UAUCCAAAUAAAGAAAGGUUUUCAGUUUUCCUUUUCCAUGAAUACCAUGAUCUCUGCUGCUUGAUUUUGAACCAGUAGUGUCGGUGAGGUUGCAAAAUCAUAAUAUCAGUAGUAUGUGGUGAAGAAUUCAAGUCAGGUGAGGGAAAAGAAUAAGAAGAAGCAGUCAUGAAGUUUAUGAAACUGGGAUCUCGGCCAGAUACUUUUUAUACUGCUGAGGCUGUAAGGUGUGUCUCCUCUGAAGUUUGUAGUGACCUUAUAAUUCAGGUGAAAGGGAGUAGAUAUCUGCUUCACAAGUUCCCUCUGUUGUCCAAGUGUUUGAAGCUACAGCAGUUGUGCUCUGAAUCCCCUGAGACAUCCCAACACCAGAUAAUCCAGCUGCCUGAUUUCCCUGGAGGGAUUGAGGCAUUUGAGCUUUGUGCAAAGUUCUGCUAUGGCAUCACAAUAACGCUCAGCGCCUAUAAUAUUGUGGCGGUACGCUGUGCUGCAGAGUAUUUGCAGAUGACAGAAGAUGUUGAGAAAGGAAACUUGAUCUACAAGCUUGAGGUUUUCUUCAAUUCGUGUAUCCUUCAUGGAUGGAGAGAUUCAAUUGUGUGUUCACAGACCACAAAAGCCUUUCCUUUAUGGUCAGAAGACCUUGGAAUCACAAGCCGAUGCAUAGAGGCAAUUACUUCUAAGGUGCUCAGUCACCCCUCCAAGGUGAGCUUGUCGCAUAGUCAUUCACGGAGGGUGAGGGAUGAUGUAUCUUGUAAUGGAGGAGAGAGCCAGAAACGUAGGCCAACAACAACCAAAGGUUGGUGGGCUGAAGAUAUGGCUGAGUUGGGGAUAGACCUAUAUUGGAGAACUAUGAUAGCAAUUAAAUCUGGUGGGAAGAUACCCUCUCGUCUCAUUGGUGAGGCAUUGCAAAUUUAUGCAUCUAGAUGGCUCCCAAACGUAUCCAGAGAAGGAGCUGGUCAUAAGCAAGUAGCAUCUGACUCGGAUUCCGACUCCACAAAUGAGAUUAGAUCAAAACACAGGCUGCUCUUGGAAUCAAUAGUGAGUUUGCUCCCAGCGGAGAAAGGAACCGUCUCUUGUAGUUUUCUGCUUAAACUGCUGAAGGCAGCCAGCAUUCUCGGUGCUUCCUCUUCUUCAAAGAUGGAAUUAGCUAGAAGAGUGGGACUUCAGCUUGAGGAAGCUAAAGUCAAGGAUUUGCUAAUACCCUCCUUGUCAUACUCAAGUGAUAUGCUAUAUGAUGUAGACAUAGUCUUGAGCAUUUUGGAGCAGUUCAUGUUACAGGGGCAAAGUCCCCCAACCAGCCCUCCAAGAUCCAAGCUGGGGUUUGAAAGGAGAAAGUCUCGGUCAGCAGAGAACAUUGAUUUUGAGUUACAGGAGAGUAGGAGAUCCUCUUCAGCAUCACACAGCUCCAAAUUGAAAGUUGCAAAGCUUGUAGAUGGGUAUCUUCAAGAGAUUGCCAGAGAUGUUAAUUUACCUCUGUCAAAAUUCAUUGCAAUAGCUGAGAGCAUACCAGAUUUCUCAAGGCCUGACCAUGAUGAUCUAUACCGUGCCAUUGACAUUUAUCUCAAGGCGCAUCCAGACCUAAACAAGAGCGAAAGAAAAAGGCUGUGCCGCAUUUUAGAUUGCAAAAAGCUUUCUGUUGAGGUCUGUAUGCAUGCAGCACAAAAUGAAAAGCUACCUCUCAGGGUGGUGGUACAAGUUCUCUUCUUUGAGCAAGUUCGAGCUGCCAUGGGUGGUGGCAAAGUGACUGAGUUGCCAAGUAACAUUAAGGCACUUCUAGCAACACAUGGUAUUGAUCCAUCACGUCCUCCAGCACCAUUAAGCACUACAACAAGUGUCCAAGCAGAGGAUCAGUGGAGUAUCUCAGGCCUAAAAUCACCCAAGUCCAAACUCUCAGCUCUAAGAAUGAAGCUCAAUGAAGAUGAUUUAAAUGACACCAAUGUACACCCUGAUGGAAUGGCAAGACCUUCAAAGUUUAAGGCCUUCUGCGCUCUUCCUUCUCAACCCAAAAAAAUGUUCAGUAAGUUGCUAUCCAUUAAUAGAAAUACCAGUGAAAAGAAUUAAGUGAAUUUUGUUAAUUCUCAGGUCAGUGGCAAAGCAAAAAAUUCUAAUGGUAGCAUAUACAAUCAGUUUUUUCUUUCUUUUUAUUCUGGAAAUCCUUAUGAAAUGCCAUGUAACUUCUAGGUGAAGAAAAAAAAAAAAAAAAUCUCAAUGUGCAUUAUUCAUGAUGUAACCUAUUACAAUAAGAAUCAAGAAAUUUCUGGAAAUAAGAGGCAAACUCUCCUGGUGAAUCUCAUUUGUUUAAUCUAAACGUGGAUUACCUGUUAUAAUUGACUAAACAUGGUGGCAGCAUCAUUUUCUUUAUCUAGAAAUCUGCAGCAUCUUUUUCACUUAACUUUCUUGCAACAUUGGAUCCUCUGCUGUUAAUCAAAAGUUAACUAAUGCUUUUCCUUGUGUCUGACAUUAUGCUGUGCUGUGUUCUUGGGAUUUCUUUGUCUUAUUUCAUUGUUUUGUGCCAAUCAUUCAGGAUAUCAAUAUUCCAACAAUAUGGAAAUGUGUGUUGGAAUCAAUUCAAGAUCAGAUGUAUUCUUUCUAGGAAUUCCAUUUGAAAGACCAAAUACAGAACCAUUGUUGACAGAGGAGAAAGUGUUACAGGACUAUUACAAAGGUGCAAAUUAACCAACAAAAAUUAAAAUUUUCCCUGAAUACUACAGUUCCAAUAAAACUCGCAAAAUACGUAUGAUCAACUAAUAGGGUUACCAAGGUAAGUGAGGUCCUAACUCGCAGCUCAGUUGGUGAGAUACAUCGUUGUUGCCUGUUCCCAUCUUAAAUUAACCAGAAACCUUAUAAACUGGGCAUGAAAAACUUUAGUGCAUGAGUUGACAUGAUUGUGCGUUUCAUUUCUGAUGCAUUCCUUUUGGAGUUGUAUUAUUGAGCUGGAUUGCAUUUGCAUGCCGGUUCGGAUGUGUCUAUUCU